UUUUAAAUUUCUAGAGCAGAAGGAUUUAUAUACAUUCUCUGGGGGGAAAUAGUCUACAGGUUUAUAAAGAGCAAAUGGUUUAUUCAAGAAGAGCAGAUUUCAUUUCCAAAACAUAUUACUAUAAAGGUAUGGAGGCUCUCUUUGCCAUGAAAAAGAAGAAGAAGAAGAGGGCUCAGGUCCAGAAGAAGGAGAAAAAGGAGCCCUCGAGCCAAAAGCCCAUUGAUGAGGUCUUCCCGAAGGAGGUUGUGGAGCCUUCUGUUGAUGCUGCUCUUGCUACUGUGGCCGGGUGGCCGAAGGCCGAGGUGGCCGCCAAGAAGAAGAAGGGAGGCAAGGGGGUGGAGCCCCCGAUCAAGAAACAGAAGGUUGCCGGGGGCACCGUUGGAAUGGCGGCCCCCCUCAUAGUAAUUGAUGAUCAGCCCUCCGCUGACUCCCCGGCCGUGGACACCCCAAUGGCUCAAACAGAUCUUCCCCCGGAGAACUUGCCUCGGGAGAUUAUUCAGCUCUCCCUCGCCCCGGGGGCAUCUGUGUUGCACGGUUCAGCUGAACCGAUGUCUUUCUUGAGGGGGAUUACCUCGAUGAUGGAUAAGCAAGCCCUCUUCACCUACGACGACGACGCCCUCGAAAGCAAGGCCCUUCGAUCAUCUCUGGCUGCGUGUAUAACCCUCGGUGAGCAGGCCCGAAGGAGCGAGGAGUGGCGCCGUCAUAAGGCCGAGCUAGAGAAGUCCGUGAAGGAGUUGAUCCAUGACAAGGACGCUUCCCUCCGGGAGGUGUGCAAGCUGGAGGACGCCUUUCGGCAAGCGAAGCUGAAGCUGAAGGAGGCCAGAGAUGACGGCAAGGCCGAGGGCAAGGCAGAGGCCGAGAGGGUUGCGGCCGAGGAGAGGAAGCAAGCGGCUGAGGACGCUGAAAAGGCCAAGGCCGAAGCUGUUGUCAAAGCCCGAGAAGAGGCCAUCGCUGGGUUCAUCUCCGAGGGUUGGAAGGCCGAGGGCCAGAGGGAGUGGGUGGCCUCUGUGGUGAAGGCCUCGAUCGAGGAGUGGGUGAAAGGCCCCGGGCUCGACUGGAUGAACGAGAGGGGCGACACCUAUUAUCAAGUCGGCGAGUUCUUCACCCAGCAUCUGGUUUACCGGAGGCUCUCCCGGCAUUUCGGCACCCCCCUGGCGGAGUUUGACCCGUCGGUGUACGGCCUCCCCCCGUUGCAGCCAGAUGUGAGAGUCCCCCUCCCUGAGGGCGACGAGCGCCCGGUGAUUCAUGAUUCUAUGAUGAUGAGCGGCGAUGAUGAUGGUGCUACCGUCGGGGACAAUGCCGUCGAAGAAGAAAUCUCCUCCAAACCUGCCGCAGGGACCGUCGAUGAAGUGGCUGAUAAAUCUUAACUUGUACUUAGCUGAUUUUUGAAAACUCUUUGUAAUGAACCUUUGUCACCCCUCGGCUUUGGCCCGUAUGUAAUAGUAACACUGACUUUCCUUUUGAUGAUUGAUGGAUGAAUGUUAGCCUUCGGGCUUUUGUAUAUGAAUGUGUUGUCC